AUGUGCUCACCAAUCUGUGAAGGCGGUUGUGAGAAUGGAUUCUGCGUAGCCCCUGGAAGAUGUGCUUGUAACGAUGGCUUUACGAAAGAAAGUGAAAACAAGUGCUCACCAAUAUGUGAAGGUGGUUGUGAGAAUGGAUUCUGCGAAGCCCCUGGGAAAUGCGCCUGUAACGAUGGCUUUACGAAAGAAAGCGAAAACAAAUGUUCACCAAUAUGUGAAGGCGGCUGUGAGAAUGGAUUCUGCGUAGCCCCUGGAAGGUGCUCCUGUAACGAUGGUUUUACGAAAGAAAGUGAAAACAAGUGCUCACCAAUAUGUGAAGGUGGUUGUGAGAAUGGAUUCUGCGAAGCCCCUGGGAAAUGCGCCUGUAACGAUGGCUUUACGAAAGAAAGCGAAAACAAAUGUUCACCAAUAUGUGAAGGCGGCUGUGAGAAUGGAUUCUGCGUAGCCCCUAGAAGAUGCGCCUGUAACGAUGGCUUUACGAAAGAAAGUGAAAACAUGUGCUCACCAAUCUGUGAAGGCGGUUGUGAGAAUGGAUUCUGCCAAGCCCCUGGAAGAUGUGCUUGUAACGAUGGGUUUUCAAAAGAAAGUGAAAACAAGUGCUCACCAAUAUGUGAAGGUGGUUGUGAGAAUGGACUCUGCGAGGCACCUGGAAAAUGCGCCUGUAACGAUGGCUUUACGAAAGAAAGUGAAAACAUGUGCUCACCAAUCUGUGAAGGCGGUUGUGAGAAUGGAUUCUGCGUAGCCCCUGGAAGAUGUGCUUGUAACGAUGGCUUUACGAAAGAAAGUGAAAACAUGUGCUCACCAAUCUGUGAAGGCGGUUGUGAGAAUGGAUUCUGUGUAGCCCCUGGAAGAUGCGCCUGUAACGAUGGCUUUACGAAAGAAAGCGAAAACAAAUGUUCACCAAUAUGUGAAGGCGGCUGUGAGAAUGGAUUCUGCGAGGCACCUGGAAAAUGCGCCUGUAACGAUGGCUUUACGAAAGAAAGUGAACACAAAUGCUCACCAAUCUGCGAAGGCGGUUGUGAGAAUGGAUUCUGCGAGGCACCUGGAAAAUGCGCUUGUAACGAUGGCUUUACGAAAGAAAGUGAAAUCAUGUGCUCCCCGAUAUGUGAAGGCGGUUGUGAGAAUGGAUUCUGUGUAGCCCCUGGAAGAUGCGCCUGUAACGAUGGCUUUACGAAAGAAAGCGAAAACAAAUGUUCACCAAUAUGUGAAGGCGGCUGUGAGAAUGGAUUCUGCGAGGCACCUGGAAAAUGCGCCUGUAACGAUGGGUUUUCAAAAGAAAGUGAACACAAAUGCUCACCAAUCUGUACGGGCGGUUGUGGGAAUGGAUUUUGCGAAGCCCCUGGAAGAUGCGCCUGUAACGAUGGCUUUAGGAAAGAAAGUGAAAACAUGUGCUCCCCGAUAUGUGAAAGCGGUUGUGAGAAUGGAUUCUGCGAAGCCCCUGGAAGAUGCGCCUGUAACGAUGGCUUUACGAAAGAAAGCGAAAACAAAUGUUCACCAAUAUGUGAAGGCGGCUGUGAGAAUGGAUUCUGCGAGGCACCUGGAAAAUGCGCCUGUAACGAUGGCUUUACGAAAGAAAGUGAAAACAUGUGCUCCCCGAUAUGUGAAGGCGGUUGUGAGAAUGGAUUCUGCCAAGCCCCUGGAAGAUGUGCUUGUAACGAUGGGUUUUCAAAAGAAAGUGAAAACAAGUGCUCACCAAUAUGUGACGGCGGUUGUGGGAAUGGAUUCUGCGUAGCCCCUGGAAGAUGCGCCUGUAACGAUGGGUUUUCAAAAGAAAGUGAAAAUAUGUGCUCACCAAUAUGUGAAGGUGGUUGUGAGAAUGGAUUCUGCGAGGCACCUGGAAAAUGCGCCUGUAACGAUGGCUUUACGAAAGAAAACGAAAACAAAUGUUCACCAAUCUGUGAAGGUGGUUGUGAGAAUGGAUUCUGCGAAGCCCCUGGAAGAUGUGCUUGUAACGAUGGCUUUACGAAAGAAAGUGAAAUCAUGUGCUCCCCGAUAUGUGAAGGCGGUUGUGAGAAUGGAUUCUGCGUAGCCCCUGGAAGAUGCGCCUGUAACGAUGGUUUUACGAAAGAAAGUGAAAAUAUGUGCUCACCAAUAUGUGAAGGUGGUUGUGAGAAUGGAUUCUGCGUAGCCCCUGGAAGAUGCGCCUGUAACGAUGGGUUUUCAAAAGAAAGUGAAAAUAUGUGCUCCCCAAUAUGUGAAGGUGGUUGUGAGAAUGGAUUCUGCCAAGCCCCUGGAAGAUGUGCUUGUAACGAUGGCUUUACGAAAGAAAGUGAAAUCAUGUGCUCCCCAAUAUGUGAAGGUGGUUGUGAGAAUGGAUUCUGCCAAGCCCCUGGAAGAUGUGCUUGUAACGAUGGCUUUACGAAAGAAAGUGAAAUCAUGUGCUCCCCGAUAUGUGAAGGCGGUUGUGAGAAUGGAUUCUGCCAAGCUCCUGGAAUAUGCUCUUGUAAUUUCGGCUACGCAAAGGAAGAUAGAAAUGUGUUGGGCAUUUGUGUGCCUCUCACCAGCUUAUACGAGGAUUCUAGUACACCAAGUAACGUAAAGGGUGUUAUUAAUAUGCAGAAUUCCCAUAAAGAAACUGUGGAACCGUUCAGUCAAUCUGCCUAA